GACCAGUACGCAUGCGGAUGUUGAUCAGAGGGAAAAGUGAUGCGGAUGCAAGACGACAGUGACCACCACACCAGGCAGCGAUGGAGGACAAGCGAGAUGACGGUGCAGACGACGGCAUAUAAGGACCGCAAGGUUGCCAGGAACUUUUCUGAUAUUCCCGAACAACAUCUCACCUUCUAUCGCUUCUGAAUAUCAUCAUCAACUCGCCGCACACUACUUUCGUUAUCCCAUAUCACAUCACAUCACUCGAUCAAGAUGGUUGUUAUCCGAUCCGUCGUCACCUUUGCUGGCCUUGCCACUGCCGCUCCCCUGCUCGACCUGGGUGCACUCCUCAACUUGGGCUUCGGCGGCGGUAACAAGGACGCUCCCUCCUACGAGGCUCCCUCCUACGACGACGCGCCUUCCUACGAGGCUCCUGUGUACGGCGCGCCGCCUGCGUACAAGCCCACCACUACCGCUCCGGUCUACAAGCCUACUACCACCGCUCCGGUCUACAAGCCUACCACCACCUCCCCCACCGCUCCGGUUUACAAGCCUACCACCACCUCCUCCACCGUUCCGGUCUACAAGCCUACCACCACCUCGACCGCCCCGGUCUACAAGCCCACCACCACCGCUCCCAGCUACGUCGUGAGCACCUACAGCGUCCCUGCCACCAGCUACGCCACAUACACCGAGACUGAGGUAAGAUCAUCCCGCCAUUAUGUUCACGUCGUCGAAAGAUACUAACCUGUCAUCGUUCAGACCGCGACUGUCUACGUGCCUCAGACUUACACCAAGACCUCCACUGAGAACAUUCCGGGCAACUACCCUGUGACCAAGACCUACGUCAUCCACACCUCGGUCUCCACCAAGGUCCCUUCAGUCUACUCCACCGACUCGGUCAUCGUCUCCCCCACUGAGACCGUCAAGCCUGUCCUCUGCACCUCGUACAC